CCGUAGGCAAUAUGUACAUGUGGUCUAGGAGAAAGGUGUCUUGACUUGGGGAGAUACAAAAAUUUAUUUCAACCGGGAUAACCACCCACCCGGUUUAGUCUAUUUUGAGACGGCUACGGAGUGCUGUCAGGUAGUCAUCGUUGUACCAUGAGUGACAGCGACGACGAUGUACCCCAGCUGUCUGCAUCCACUUUGGCGGCGCUACAGGAGUUUUACGCGGAGGAGAAGUUCGGACUGACUAGGCACGGCGAUGCAGUGGACAAAUUCUCCGUGGGGGCUGUAGAGGAGGACUGGCGGAUGAGCCAGUUCUGGUACAGCGAAGAGACCGCGGAGCGGCUUGCUGAGGAGGUUCUGCUGGCUGCAGGGGAAGGUGGCAGGAUAGCGUGCCUGAGCGCGCCCAGCGUGUACCAGAAACUGAAGCAGCGGAACGCAGCCGCGUCAGCCGUGCUGCUGGAGUUUGACCAGCGCUUCUCCAUCUACGGGGACGAGUUCAUCUUCUACGACUACAAGAACCCGCUGUGCCUGCCCGAGGACGUGGGCCCUCAGAGCUUCGACAUCGUCAUCGCAGACCCACCCUACCUGUCCCAGGAAUGCCUCAGCAAGGUGGCGCUGACGGUGAAGUUUUUGACGAAGGGCAAGGUGCUGCUGUGUACAGGGGCUAUCAUGGAGGAAGAGGCAGAGAAACUCCUGGGUGUGAAAAUAUGCAGGUUCCUCCCCAAACACAGUCAUAACCUGGCCAAUGAGUUCCGCUGCUAUGUCAAUUACCAGUCUGCUCUUGACUCAUGAUGUGUGUUGACCGCAACUGCUGGUCCCAUCUUUUAGUUUUCAAGUUGUAGGAGUGUUACAUCCCAAAGUCAGAAGUGUAAAUUACCUCUCGUAUCCAUUUAAUAAAGUUGAAUUUGUAUUUUGUACAAAACUUGCAAAUAUUUGACAAUAUUUCUGCAGGUAUUUUACUGCUUUUGGCUGAAUACAGUCAAAAUCAGUGGGGCAACUUACAUGCCAUCAAGGCAUUCAUAGUAAGCUCUGGAA